AUGACUAUCGCUCGUAUCCAGGCCCAUGCCCAGAACCUGGAGGAGCAGCAGCAGCCACAGAGAAUUGAAUGUGAUUCUGAUAGAGGGCGCAGUAAAAAGGCUAGGUAUUUUGGUGCUGGCAGUGAGUAUAGAGGAGGGCAGAGGCAGCAAUAUUCCAGGCAUUCAAGCCAAUCAGUGGCCAGCGCACCUCCUCUAUUUGCUGGCAAAGGAUUUGAUCGUUCUAUUUAUUCAAGAGAGGGCCAAAGCUCGAGAGUUUUGGGUUCUCCGUUAGGAGGAGCUCCCAGCCAGAAGAGACCAUCAAUUUUAAGAUGCAACCAGUGCGGAAAAUUUCACUCGGGUCCGUGUCGCCACGGCUCGAAUGCUUGUUAUGCUUGCGAACAAAUUGGGAACAUGAUGCGUGAGUGUCCAUCAGUAGAUGGUAGCGGUAGGAGCCUGCCCGCAGGGUCGAUGGAGGGUUCUUCUUCAUCUGCCCAUGCCCAGAACCUGGAGGAGCAGCAGCAGCCACAGAGAAGUGAACGUGAUUCUGAUAGAGGGCGCAGUAAAAAGGCUAGGUUUUUUGGUGCUGGCAGUGAGUAUAGAGGAGGGCAGAGGCAGUAA